CCCAGCAACCAGAGAGACGACGGCAUCCACCUCGACCCCUCUCCUCUCCACGCCCAAAUCGGCACCGACUCCAGAUCACGCGCUGCUCCCCGCGCGACUCCCUCUCCCCUCCGGUGGCACACACGGCGCCGAUUCAUCAGGCGGCUGGCUGUUCGACGCCCCCACGCUUCGAGCAGUAGCGGAGUACCAGUACUUGUUUGUGGAGCCGCACUGCGGCAGCGACAAGGCAAGGAUCAGACGCCAUGGCCAUGCAGGAAGCUCUCCUCCAUCCAGCACACGCCGACGGCGUCCACUCGGCGGUGGUCCUCGGGUCCACCAAACCGCUGGGCUUCGGAGACGGCCGCCUCUCCUCCCCCAAUGGAGACGGCCUCUUCUACGGCGGAUACUCCCCCUUCACGCCCAGCCCCAGGCCGUCGCCGCGCACCACCUUGCUCUCCCCCUGGUCGCCCUCCUCCUCCUCCGGGUCCCACGUCGACAACGGCGACGGCAAAGCGGCGACGGAGCACCGGCUGCGCCUGGCCCGCCUCGCGCUCCAGUACCAGGACGCCGCCAACCGCUACGAGCUCUGCCUCUCCCAUCUCGCCGACGCGGCGCGCGAGGCGGCCGCGCUCCGCCUCGAGAACCACGAGCUCCGGGUCGCCAACAAUGACCUCGCCGGCCGCUUCGCCAUGCUCGGCGGCAACCAGAGCUCCGCCAUCGCCCUGGCCGACGAGCUCCGCCGUCUCCAACUCGGGGUGGCGCAGACCGUGCCGGCUCCUCCGAUGCCGAUGCCGAUGCCUCCCGUCACCCCGGCCGAGAAGCACGCGGGGCUGCCCAAGAGCAUCUCCAUCCGUUCCAGCGGCUACGUGAAGACGACGCAGACCGGCGGCAAGCAUCGCGCGGGGAAGCCGAUGAACUCCGGCUCGCAGCAGCGCGUGUUCGUGGGCGUGGACGGCGCGAAGCCGGCGGCGGAGCUGAACGGCGGCAGCGGCGGCGGGGAGAAGGGCGAGGUGGUGAAGGGCGGGCUGGAGUUCGAGGUGUACAGCCAGGGCAUGUUCAAGACGGAGCUGUGCAACAAGUGGGAGGAAACCGGGGUGUGCCUGUACGGCGACCAAUGCCAGUUCGCGCACGGCAUCGCCGAGCUCCGCCCCAUCAUCCGCCACCCGCGCUACAAGACCGAGGUCUGCCGCAUGGUGCUCGGCCGCGGCCUCUGCCCCUACGGCCACCGCUGCCACUUCCGCCACUCCAUCACCCCUGCCGACGCUGGACACCACCUCCUCCGCCCCUGAUUAUUGUGCAUGUCAGCUCACCAUCCGAUCGCCACUCCCUCGCUUCCUCCCUGACUCCCCCCCUCUCCUUAUCUAUGCAACAGAGGAAAGCAAACCAAAAAACCAAGAUGGGACACGUAAAUAAGGUAAAAUCACAUGCACAAAACAAACGAGACUUCAGUUAAUAGGAUUAGCACGCAGGCAAAAAUGUGAAUAUGGUUGUUGAGCUGUUUUUAUCUGUGGGAUACAUGGGGCAUGGGGCUGAUCUGGGUAUCAGAUAGGCGAAGUAUAUGCUGGGGUUGAACUGGCUCAUCAGAUAGGUGAAUUAUAUGUUCAGGUUUUUUUGUCACAAGGUUUAUUUUAUAGCCAUCAUAGGUUACAUGAUCUUGUUUCUGGUAGCUUCGUUUGGAGAGAAAGUGCUGGAACUGUCUGUAACCGUUUGAGUAUUUCAUUGGUAUAUGUUAUUUGGGCACUUCUGGGAAGCGCAUGCAGGCCACUUCAGUUGUACUGUUUCUGGACAAAUCGGAGAACUCGAGUUGUGAUUUCUGAGCAACAUGUCAAGCAUAGAUUGAUGCCA